AAGAGAAAAUCUGAAGCCUCUACAUAUUGCCCAAUCAUUCUCAUCGCUCUUCCCCUCCACAUCUUCUCUCUCUCUCUCUCUCUCUCUCUCUGCAAAAACCAUUUUCACAUCUACAAAAACCUUCCCAUCUCUCUACACUCUCUCUCACUCUCCGCACAAACUCAUACCUCUAUCUACCAAAAUGGCCUCUGCAACUACAAGCACUGCCCUCUCCCUCCUCAAAUCUACAACCGCUUCUGGUUCCUCCAACGUCACUAGUCGCACCCGCGCCUCGCUCUUGCGCAUGCCGGCCACCACCUCCCGCAAUGGUGGAUUCUCUGCCGUCCGUCGUCUUGGAUUCUCCGCCGUGGCAGACCCACUCUUCUCCCUCUAUGUGACCUCCAAAGUCCGAUCUGUGAGCAGAAAAGCCUCGAGAGGAGUGGUGUCAAUGGCCAAGAAGAGCGUGGGCGACUUGACCGAGGCGGACUUGAAAGGGAAGAAGGUGUUCGUGAGAGCCGACUUGAAUGUACCUUUGGAUGAUAACCAGAAUAUCACAGACGAUACAAGAGUCAGGGCCGCGAUUCCGACUAUCAAGCAUUUGAUUGAAAAGGGAGCCAAAGUCAUUCUGUCGAGCCAUUUGGGAAGACCAAAGGGAGUGACUCCCAAAUUCAGCUUGGCGCCUCUUGUACCUAGGCUUUCUGAACUCCUUGGCAUUCGGGUAGUGAAAGCUGAUGACUGUAUUGGUCCUGAGGUUGAAAAGCUAGUUGCUUCUCUUCCUGAAGGUGGUGUUCUUCUUCUUGAGAAUGUAAGGUUUUACAAGGAAGAAGAGAAGAAUGAGCCAGAAUUUGCUAAGAAGCUUGCAUCUCUGGCUGAUCUGUAUGUUAAUGAUGCAUUUGGAACUGCUCACAGAGCCCAUGCCUCAACUGAAGGGGUAACAAAGUUCUUGAAGCCAUCAGUUGCUGGUUUUCUUUUGCAGAAGGAGCUAGACUACCUUGUUGGUGCAGUUUCAAGCCCCAAGAGACCAUUUGCUGCCAUUGUAGGUGGUUCAAAGGUCUCAUCUAAGAUUGGGGUUAUUGAAUCGCUUCUGGAGAAGUGUGAUAUCCUAUUACUUGGUGGUGGUAUGAUUUUCACAUUUUACAAGGCACAAGGCCUCUCAGUUGGUUCAUCCUUGGUAGAGGAAGAUAAGCUUGAACUGGCAACAUCUCUGCUUGAAAAGGCCAAGGCUAAAGGAGUAUCUCUUUUGCUACCAACUGAUGUUGUCAUUGCAGACAAGUUUGCUUCUGAUGCUAACAGCAAGGUUGUCGCUGCAUCUGCCAUCCCAGAUGGGUGGAUGGGAUUGGACAUCGGACCAGAAUCCGUGAAGACAUUCAACGAAGCUUUGGAUACUACCCAGACCAUAAUCUGGAAUGGCCCAAUGGGAGUUUUUGAGUUUGACAAGUUUGCUGUUGGGACAGAGGCUAUUGCAAAGAAACUCGCAGAGCUUAGCGGGAAGGGAGUGACAACAAUCAUUGGAGGUGGAGACUCAGUUGCAGCUGUAGAAAAGGUAGGAGUUGCUAACGUGAUGAGCCACAUAUCAACCGGUGGUGGUGCUAGUUUGGAGCUGCUGGAAGGCAAGGAACUCCCUGGUGUGCUCGCUCUCGAUGAAGCAGUACCAGUUGCCGUUUAAUACCAAUAUAUAUAUAUAUAUAUAUAUAUAUAUUUUUCCCUUUUCCGAAUCCAACAUUAUUUUUGAAGGAGAAUUGAGAAUGUUGUAGGGAGAGACAAGUUGUUGCUGUUGUUGUAGUUGUAAAUUUUAACAGUGGCUUCAGGCUCAAUAAAAAUUCCAACUUGUUCU